AUGAUCUCCACCCGCUUUCUCUUUCUUGCCACCGGUAUUUUGUCUACCGAAGUCUACGGCAUGUCUUCCCCUUCACCCAGAGACGUUCCUACAUCCAUCGGCCCUCUCCUCUCCCGCCAAUACAGCGGUUCCACAACAUCAUCCAUUUCCUCUGCAUGCGUGGACAGCUGCGCAAUCCUCUAUGCCCUAGCCGUGAGCUUCGCAACUGCGCCGACGAUGAUACGUGUGGAUGCUCAGACUCAUACAGCUGACCAGUAUGCCGUAUGCAUGGACUGCCAGGUCCGGCUGAAUAAUAGUCUCCAGACAGAAGCGCAGCAAUGGAUGGACACUUAUGUCGAUGCAUGCAAAGAAGUGGGUGUCGCCGUAAAGAGUCAGAAGAUCAGCGGUGCGGGACGGAUCACGAUAGGCGCUGGGGCGAUUGGGGUUGUGUUGAUGACAGUUCUGGCUGUGCUUUGA